CAGAGACACAACUCUAAAGACCGAAAUAAACAGAAGAAGAGGAGCGUGAAAGGAAAUUCUAGGACAGGUUUUAGAACGCCUGUUAGGAAUGACACCUCACCAGCAAGGUUGAUGUAGCUUUUACAUUGAGUAUUCUGGAUUACUGUUUGGAAACUGCUUGCUAUAUCUUAACCUGCUGCAGUUUUUUUGGUUGGUUUUGGAAGGAGUUUUUUUUUUUUCUUUCCUGGAUCCGCGGUAUAAAAUGAGUGACAGACGAAGAUCUGCCGCAGCUCUGAGUACCAGAGCACAUGCUUUUUCAGUAGAAGCAUUGAUUGGGACAAAUAAGAAGAGAAAACUGAGAGACUGGGAGGAAAAGGAGUUGGGUCUUUCCAUGGAAAACCUCAGCCCCAAUGGGCAGCUUGAGGAAGGGGAAGACUCGAGUCAGUGCUUGGAUAUCAACCCGGAUUCAGAGCCUAGCCCUAGUUCUGACACUGAGGGUCUUGCUGAAACAACUUCAUGCUUGUUUAGCUCCCACUCAGAUCUGGCUCCCAACCCCUCGGAUUCCUCUCCCCCCUUUACUAUGGAUGACAUCCAGGUGGAGCUGCAGUGUUCUGACCUUUGGAAGAGGUUCCAUGAGAUUGGCACGGAAAUGAUCAUAACUAAAGCUGGCAGGCGUAUGUUUCCAGCGAUGAGAGUCAAAAUCCUGGGCCUCGAUCCCCAUCAGCAAUACUACAUUGCCAUGGAUAUAGUUCCAGUGGACAACAAGAGAUACAGGUACGUGUAUCACAGCUCGAAGUGGAUGGUUGCAGGCAACGCAGACUCCCCAGUCCCUCCUCGGGUUUACAUCCAUCCCGACUCACUGGCCUCAGGAGAUACUUGGAUGAGACAGGUGGUCAGCUUCGACAAACUCAAGCUGACCAACAAUGAGCUGGACGAUCAAGGACAUAUAAUUCUUCACUCCAUGCACAAGUACCAGCCGCGGGUUCAUGUCAUUCGAAAGGAUUUUAGCAGCGACCUCUCACCAACUAAACCUGUCCCUGUAGGAGAAGGGGUGAAAACAUUCAGCUUUCCAGAGACUGUGUUCACCACUGUCACUGCUUACCAGAACCAACAGAUCACCAGGUUAAAAAUUGAUAGAAACCCUUUUGCUAAAGGAUUCAGGGACUCGGGAAGAAACAGAACUGGCCUGGAAGCCAUCAUGGAGACAUAUGCUUUUUGGAGACCCCCAGUUCGGACCCUCACCUUUGAGGAUUUUACCACCAUGCAGAAACAACAAGGGGGAAGCACAGGAACAUCUCCAACAGCAUCCAGCACUGGUACGCCAUCUCCAUCUGCCUCUUCCCAUCUCCUUUCUCCUUCCUGCUCUCCUCCCACCUUUCACCUGGCACCCAACACCUUUAAUGUGGGCUGCAGGGAGAGCCAGCUAUGCAAUCUCAACCUCUCAGAAUACCCGGCCUGUGCCAGAAGCAACAUGGCGGCCCUUCAAAGUUACCCGGGCUUAGGGGACGGCUCAUACGGCAGGUUACAAACUGGAAGCACUUCCUCCAGUCAGUCCUUCGAAAAUGCCGUGCCUCAGAGGACUCCAUCUUUAAUUUCUGGAAUGCAGGCCUCUCCUGCUGCUUUGCCUGGCAACAGCAAGAUGGACACCUACAGUGGCCAACUGGGUUCCUUCCCCACCUCUCAGCUCCAGUAUGUCAUGCAGGCAGGAGGUUCUGCCUCCAGCUCCUCUUCCCACAUGUUCAGUGGAAGCCACAUGCAACAGGGAUCUUACAAUGCGUUCUCCCUGCACAAUCCAUACAACCUCUAUGGAUAUAAUUUCCCAGGUACUCCAAGACUGGCCACCAGUCCAGAGAAACUGACAGCAUCACAGAACAGUAUACUCUGCUCGCCUUCCUCUAAUGGUCCCUUUGGAGACAGGCAAUACCUAUCAACCGGGAUGGAUGGGAUGCACAUGAUCAGCAACACGUCUUCUUCCCAGCAGAGCGCAAAUACCUGCGACAGCCGUCAGUAUGGAACUGUACCAGGCCCCUCCUCACAAAUGUCAGUACACAUGGUGUAAACAAGAUCAUCAUUAGGGAUUUUGUUUUCUUGUACUCAAAUGAAGGAAACAUGGUUGUUAUACGUGAUUCAGCAACACGAAGGGGUGAGAAAGAACCUCUUUCCUCUGCUUUGUCUGAAACCCUCGAAGAGAUUAGCAUUUAAAUUAAGAAAAAUGAAAAUAAAUAUAAGAAGAAAAUCUGCUGCUGGAAAGUGUAUCUACGGUAAUUUCGUGAUGGUCUUCAGCAGCCCCAACAAGGAACUGGAAAGGCAAGAUCAACUCACACACUUUCUUGUGGGCGGGGUGGGGGUGGUGGUCAACAACACAUGUACAAUACGAUAGACCUGCUUCUGUUGCUGUGAUAAGAGUCCAUGCCUGAGCCAUUAUAAAGUGGACAGUCCUUUAUGACACAUUUUUAAACCUGGGAACUAAGUAUAUGAAUAUAUCACCCUGCAUGGAUCAUUUGAAAUGAAACCUUCACCAACUAAAAAAGAAUGGACUACAUGUCUUUGGUUUAGACAGCAAACAGUGAAUUCUAGGAUCCCGAAGAUUAAAAAGUGUGGUUUACAGCCAUUUUUGGAAUGAUGUUUCUUGUUUGAAGAUCUAGCGAAUAUAAUUCUACUAUAAGUGGAAAACAUAUUAACUAUUUCAGCUUCUGAAUUUAAAACUGGGAGAGAGGAAAUGAAAAUAUUUAGUAGCAUUACACAGGGACUGUCCUGAGAAACCAGAUAGACAGAGGAUCAUGUAAUUAAGAUAAAUGGUAUGAUUGAGUCUCAAAAUAUGCUAUUCCAUUUCCCAGUACCCAGAAAUAUUUAAAACUCUUGCUUUGUCAGAUGCAUUGUAGGAAUGUCUAAAAUACAUCCUGGUGAAAGCAACGGCUUUAAGUUGUGUGCAAAAAGUAAUACGAGACAGAAUUAUAAAAGUUUUGAUGUAUUGUAGAUAAAUGUAUUUAUGUGCCUAGCAUUAAUGCAAGUAUAUAGAUUCAAAAAGGCUAGUAAGAUGUAUGUAAAAUGUAAAAACAAACUUAAAAAAAAAAAAAACAGAUGUAUAAAAAAGGCCUAUGCAUAGUGGGGAAAAGAACAAAAACAAUGCUCAAUAAACAUUUUAAGACAUCUGAA